CACCACCAACCCACCUCUUCUCACCUAACGCAGAGUGGCCAACUUUGACAAAUACUUUUAUUUCCAAUUGGUGCGAAUCAGACCCGUUCAUUUGCUAUAUAUCUCUGUUGCUCCCAAAAUCACCACUCCGAAAUUCUUACGCGUUUCAGAUCUCUCCUGGUAAAAACUCAAAUCAAUUUCGGGAGAAAGCAGGGAGAAGAAGAAGAAGACAAAUACAAUGGCUGUUCAACCAACAAGAAUAGGUCUAGCUGGACUAGCCGUGAUGGGACAGAACUUAGCUCUCAACAUUGCUUCCAAAGGCUUCCCAAUCUCAGUCUACAACAGAACAACUUCCAAAGUCGACGAAACCGUCGAACGAGCCAAGAAAGAAGGAAACCUCCCCGUCUACGGCUUCCACGACCCUGAGUCCUUCGUCAACUCCAUUCAAAAACCACGUGUCAUAAUCAUGCUCGUCAAAGCCGGUGCCCCCGUCGACCAGACCAUCAAGACCCUCUCUGCUUAUUUGGAAAAAGGUGAUUGCAUUGUGGACGGUGGUAACGAAUGGUAUGAGAACACCGAGAGGAGAGAAAAAGCCGUGUCUGAGAACGGUUUCCUCUACCUAGGAAUGGGAGUCUCCGGCGGCGAAGAAGGCGCUCGUAACGGCCCGUCUCUGAUGCCUGGAGGGUCCUUUGACGCUUACAAGAACAUCGAAGACAUUCUCCUCAAGGUUGCGGCUCAGGUCAGAGACAGUGGUCCUUGUGUGACUUACAUUGGUAAAGGCGGGUCUGGGAACUUUGUUAAAAUGGUCCACAACGGGAUCGAGUACGGUGACAUGCAGCUGAUUGCUGAAGCCUAUGACGUUUUGAAAUCCGUUGGUAAGCUAUCUAACGAGGAGCUUCACGGAGUCUUCACCGAGUGGAACAAAGGUGAGCUCGAGAGUUUCUUGGUGGAGAUCACAGCGGAUAUCUUCGCCAUCAAGGAUGAUAAGGGAGAUGGGCAUUUGGUUGACAAGGUUUUGGACAAAACGGGAAUGAAAGGUACCGGGAAAUGGACUGUGCAGCAAGCAGCUGAGCUCUCUGUUCCUUCUCCCACCAUUGAAUCCUCUCUCGACGCGAGGUUCCUCAGCGGGCUAAAAGAUGAGCGUGUGCAAGCCGCUAAGGUCUUUAAAGAAGGUGGGUUCGGAGAUGUCUUAACCGACCAAACCGUUGACAAGAAGCAGCUCAUCGACGACGUGAGGAAGGCUCUCUACGCGUCGAAAAUCUGCAGCUACGCGCAAGGGAUGAACCUAAUCCGCGCCAAGAGCAUGGAAAAGGGCUGGGGCCUUAAGCUAGGCGAGCUGGCGAGGAUCUGGAAAGGAGGGUGCAUCAUCAGAGCAAUCUUCUUGGACAGGAUCAAGCAAGCUUACGACAGGAACGCAGAGCUGGCUAACCUCUUGGUGGAUCCCGAGUUUGCGAAAGAGAUCAUCGAGAGGCAGUCGGCUUGGAGAAGAGUGGUCUGCUUGAGUAUCAACUCGGGUAUUAGCACUCCCGGUAUGUCUGCGAGUCUGGCGUACUUUGAUUCUUACAGGAGAGAGAGGCUGCCGGCGAACCUUGUGCAAGCUCAGAGAGAUUACUUUGGUGCUCAUACUUAUGAGAGGACUGAUGUUGAAGGCUCUUUCCACACCGAGUGGUUCAAGAUCGCAAGACAAUCCAAAUCCAACAUGUGAUGAUGAUGUUUCACUCUCUGUUUCUCUCCUUCAAUAAUAUUUUUCACACUGAAUGUGUUGUUUCCUCGAUGUGUGAAAUACCUUACGUUAUGAUUUGUAAGUUUUUAAUUAUUUUGGUUCAAAUUGUUACUUUUCUUUUAA